CACCCACCCAUCGCUCCUCUCUCGCUCGUCUCUCCCUCUCCCCCGCACCACUUCUCGCCGCCACCACCACCUACAGUGCCCCGAUCCCGCCCGAUUCCGGCGUCCUGCGGCGGUGCCCAGCACACCACCGUGCCCCCCUCUCAACGCUCUUUUCUCCCAUCUGGCCAGAUCCGGCGCGCGCAUCCUCCAGCGGCCAAGCGCGACCCUGCCCAGCAGCUAGGGUUUGGGCCAGCACAUCGUCGGAGUAGCUCCGGCGUUGCUCCAGUGACUCAGACCCAGCGCGCCAUCGCUGCUCGAGCACGGGGACGCCAUGGAUGGGAAGGCUUCUUCCUCCCCCUGUCUCGAUGCCAUGAACGACGCAGCUCCACCACUACCCCAUGGAGACGGAGCUCCUUCUCCCACAUCACGCAUGGAGCCUCCCUCACAGCGCCUGAAGCCCUAGAGGGAAAGGAAUUCAAGGCCAUGGCAGGAGAGAGAGGAGCUGCUCCUAGUACAGGACGCCAUGGAAGGUGCUGCUCUGAUGAGGAGAAACUGCUGCUGCAGGACGCCCUCCUCCCCUCCUCCUACCCCCACACGUGGUGAGCUCCAAUGCAUAUGUGGAUAAUCAGGAACUGGUGGUACAACUAGUGUUUAAUCAGUUACUUCAUAAUCUGUUCCACUGUGUGCAUGAACAUGCACAUAUUUUUUCCUGCUAUUUACAUACAUAACUAUUGGACAGUGAGAAGAUUUCCAUUGUGUGCAUGAACGUACUUUUUUCCAUCAAUCCAUCUCUUAUCAUGCACACAUACUACCAUAUAUUAUAUGAUAAUAAAUCUUUUAGUUGCUCACUUUAUAUAUAGGUGCUCAAAAUUUUAGAUUCCAUAGAACUUCUGUUUGUAGUGAAAAAAGGCUAUCUGGAGCUUUUAGUCAAUGUCUAUUUAAAUAAAUAGAAUACCUAUUGAGUAUAUGUGUUCAUUGGUGCACAGUGCCGAAUUACUUUUCCGUUUAAAAUGAAAUUACUUCUGUAUAUUGUGAUGCUUCCCAUAGUAGUUUGCACCCAGGAACCAACCAAGGGCUGAUGCAAUAUAUUUUACCUAGUAUUUACUGCCCUUACUGUUUUAAAAAAUAGACACUGAGGAUACCUUUUUUUAUUUUUUCCUACACCCUGUUGUGGGAUUCAUACUUACCUGCAUAUGAACAAACUGCAAGAGACAGAUACAAUUCCUGACCUGUGAAAGACUGUUUUAUGACUUAUCCAUCUCACAUGACCACCUUCUAUAUCUACAGGUAUCUAUCACUUCUUUCUACUUACAAGGCAGAUAUAUCUACAAGUAAACCUACAAGUUCUUUGUAGUUCAAAUGGAGUAAACCUACAAGUAAAUCUACAAGUAAACCUACUUCUAUAUCUACAGGCAUGCUUGAUCAUUCUUAUUACAGAAAUGUUAACGCCCAGACGUGUGGGUGUUGACCAUCUCGACCACACACAUCCAUCAUCGUCCAGUACUAUAUGCACGAAUCUUGGCACAAUCUGGACGAUUUUCUGUGCCACGUAGGACAAGGCGCGUGUGUGGUGUGUGACAUAGUUCGCCCGCACGUUGUCCCCCCCCCCCCCCCCGCGCGGUUAGCGGUUGCCACUUGGGGGCGUGCGAUGGAACUGCUAUGCGCCCGUACGCCAUGCGCCGACCAUGGUUGACGUCAAACACGUCACGCACUUCGCCCGCCUCCCCCUCACGGGUCCAUUUACUCAUCCCCACAGUUACUCGCACAACCCACUUCGCAUUUCAGACGAUUGGAGGAGAAGACGAGGGGAGAAGGCGACGACGCAGGCGGAAGAGUCAAUGGCGUUCGCGGCUGUCGGUGGUUUUCGCCGGACCGGAGCGGCUUCGCCGGAGCGCCUACAGAUUGAAGAAUGGCUCGCAGCGAUCAUCAAAACGAUGAUGAUGAUUUCAUGGAUUCACCACAGCAGAAUCAGGCAACUGGACGGAGAAAAGAGGGCGACGAGGUAACUGUCCACACACGCUCUUCCUCCUGCAUAUGUUAUUGGUUGCCACCUUGAGCUUUGCAGUCGUCUGUCAUGAACUAAAAUUUCAUGACGGUGAAAACAUGGCAACAACUGAUCAUUUGUCUGUUUUUUGCAGAAAAAGAAACGUACUCGCAACAGGGCCUCCUAGGAACGACUGACUUCAUUGACUGACAGAUUUAUCGACGAUCAGAAGGGAGCUGCUACUGAGAUGGGUAUACAGGCUCUGAUGAAUGUUCGGUGCACGAAUCUAGUCAACCCUGUAUGCGACUGGCUUGGUGAGAUUUACGACCCCCGCCUCUAGGGAAUUUGUGAUUCCGGGACGUGGAAGACUGCCGUUGAACAAGGAAUCCGUGUUCUGCACUUUAGGUGUGCCCCGUGGACAAAUCAAAGUCCCGUAUGAGGUCAAUAACAAGAUCGAGGAAGCGUUGUUCCCCCGUUUGUUUCCUGGGUUGGAAUUCAUGCCGAACACGUCUGUACUGGCAGAUUCGCUGCAGGCCAUGACAACCCAUGGCGAGGUUUUUAAGAUGAAACUACACAUGUACCUCAUCUCAGUUGUUUUCGCGCCGAUCACUUCUUUUCGCCCAAGCAACAAAUGCUUCCCCAUCCUGGCGAAAAUGAAAGAUGUGACGAACAUGAAUUGAUGUAAGUUUAUUGCCGACUUCCUGCAUGAUGCAUUCUCAAGCAAGAUGUACCAGAAGGGUUGUCAACUGCAUUUAAUGUUCAUGUACGUCGACUGUCUUAUCUGUCCAUCAUGGAUUUCACUGGGACAGGAGGCCCACCGCCUACGCACAAGUUUACUGUUUCUGCAUGAACUAUCGAUGUUGUCAAGGUUGUGCUUGCUGCAGACAGGGUAACUGAUAUCAAAUAUGGAAAACUGCAGCUGAUGGCCAAGCAUGCUAUAGACUACAGCAUGUUUGGGGGCCCUCAAAACUUUGGAAAGUGGAUGGACAUGAACUCAGCUCCGUCUUUCCCUACUGAGGCGAGGGCACCUGUUGAGCAUCUAAUUGGGCAGUUUGCAUCCGGAAUGACCGGCUUGCUCGGGAAGUUGGUUGAGGGGUGGACGUCCCUUAAUGGCUCCGACAGCGACGCGGUUGUGAGGUAGUUCACUACAUUUAUCCCAGAACGGACACAUCGUCCAACUGGUUGCCGUGGACGGUAUGACUACAGCAAUUCCCAAGAGCUUGCUAACACACAAGAUGAACUAGAUGGAGACGCUGGUCUUAGUAAGGAUGACGACGAUGACACGGAGAACGUGCAAUAGGACACUGAUGAUGAUGAAUAUGUUGAAGUUCGUGCAGGUAGUAAGAAGGGCAAGGAUGCACCAGAUGUCCCCCACCGGAGAAAGUCAAAGAACAUACGGCUGCGAAAGGCGAGGGGGUGUUGCCAUCAAAGAGGGGGAGGGCUUCAGAGGAUGUUGGGCAGGGUUCUCCUGGCAAGAGGUUUAGGACCUAUCCCGUAGCUGCUAGGAGGAGGUUCAACUUUAAUUUUAGUUUUUUGUUUUGUCUAUAUUUUUGGAACAGACAGAUCCCCUUUUGCAUUUGUUUUUGCUAAGCGUGGCAAUGAGUUUGCUGUCUGACAAUUGCCACCUUUUUUUCUUUCAUCUUAUACGUGCAGUGAGGCGACAGCUGGUGGACGAGCAGUUACGAAGAAACAGGCACCAACGCCAACCCGUGUUUCUGCUCGGUUGAACAAAGGUGCCCCAUUGUUGGUGACAUCCCUUUCACCAGGUCAUCUCCUCGUACGACGAUGUCCAACAUCGGGGAUCCUGUCGUGUUGCUAGACCUGAGAAAGCCAGUCAAGAAGGUGAAGAAGACUACUAUACGCGGGGCCAAGCAUAUCAUUAGGGACCCACUCGAACGCCUUCAUUCAAAGUUGUCAACAGGGGGCAACUCAGAUGUUCAUGAGGCGCCAGUCGACAAAACUGCUGUUACAUCGUUAACUGUUCCCACUAACUCUGACGCAAGUGGCCGACCAUCUCCGCCGGUUGCAGAUGUGCAGGUUAGAACAACAGGCAUCCAUACAUCAGGGAGUGACGAGUCGGUAUCUGCUAGGACAGCUGAAAUAUUGCCAACUCUUCUGGUAAUGAAGGAUGUUGCUGUGAGCCAUGCCAUCCCAUCAGCAAGCGUUGAAGUGGACGCUCCCAAGACCAACCUAAGCAAGGAAGAUUCCCGCUCAUCUGACACUAAUUCCAAGCGCGUGUGUGGUGGCACUUCUAUGUCUACGACAGAAGUGGCUGAGGCGGCAGUUCAUAAUGAUAUGCCAUCUACAGGUAGGAGUCUUGGCACAACAGCUCCAGCUCCUGUCGGUGCAGAUACCCCUAAGGCGACUGUUUCACGUGCUGGUCUUCCACCGAGGUGUCGUAGCCACCGCAAGCAAUCAACUGACAUACCCAACGCACCAGCUGUAGCUAGGAGUAGCAGAGAUGAGUCUGGUUAUGUUCUUGUGUCCACACUGUUCCUGCCACCUUCCAAAAGCAAUGUGAUGGAGAAACCGGAAGACCGAAGCACAACUGAUGCAGGUGUCAAGCCGGGCACGAGUGACGCAGGUGAACGCCCGGAGCAGACUGCGCCUUUACCCGCAGUGGAAAUCCCCAGUUUAAAUCUGCGCACUUCCAGGCUCCCAGUCAAUGUUGGUGUCCCUUACAGCCCAAACAAGAAGAUUAUCAAGGAAGCUGCGGCUGAUACUGCUGACAAUACGCCCCGCCCUACAAAUAAGUCCGAUCAUUCUGUAGCGGCCGAUUCAGAUAUGUUUGUUGAUCUUUCACCCAUGGAUUCCGCCCCGCAAGUUGUUCACGGUCCGGCCAGUAGGCAUGAGAGGCACCCAAUGGCCUUCACCCCAUCGAGCUUCAGCCUUGGCAUCAGUCAAGAUCAACCAGUGGUGCCAGAUCUUAUGCCAGUUGCCUUUGCUUUCUCGGGAGGCAUGCCCGCAAUGAUGGCGCAACCAAUGGUCGAGGGCAGGAAGGUUGUCAAGUUCGCAGAGCCGAUCGUCCAAGGCACCCCUGAGAAGAUUUCACCGUCACUUGAUGGAGCUUACCGCAGGAUCGAGGAGGCAGCAUUGCAGAGGAGGUCCUCACGAGGUCAGGGGCAAUCAAGUUCCAAUGUGCCUGCAGAUACGGUAUCUGAGGAUACCAUUAGGAGUGCCACCCCUGGUUCUGCGAGGCAGCAGAGGGUAGUUCACCCACCUCCCGCGGAAGACUACGAGCCCGAAGUCAGGGCCACAAAGAAACAGACCCAGUUGUACGAUAUUGUCAAGCGAUUUGAAAAUGCGAGGACCAGCAGCAAGCACAUGAAGGAGCUGAAAGCCUCAUGUUUGGAUAGAACCAAGGUCAUUCAAUGCGAAGCGACAUACGUUGACCUGGGUGAUCUUGCCGAGUCCGUGAGGCCAAACGGUAAAAUGUCGACGAAUGUAGUUGCAUGCGGGAUUGACUACAUCAACAAGCAUAUGGAUAUGUCUCCCGACAAAACAAUCAUGCAUUACAGUGUGACCUGCAAAAUAUGGGAUGGUGACUUUCACCACAAAAUCCUGAGAAAGAAUUUUGCUCAACACGGUCAAUUCAAGCUCACACUGAAGAAAUAUGUCCUGUUCCUCAUGUUCCAGGAGCUUGCACCACACGACCCACACGACAAGUGUGGUCACCACUACGUGAUUUGUCUUGACCUAAAGAACCAAUGCUUUGAGGUGCUUGAUUCAAUGUGUUCGGCAGCCGAUGCAGACCUUACUUCGCAUGCUGAAUUCUUCAUCAACAACGUCAAAGAGACAUGGAACCGUCACUACGAAAACUCAAAGGUCCAGAUCAGACAUUUUCCGAUUGAGUACGUGGCGACUACGAAUCAAGGAAACACGACGGACUGUGGCUUUCACACGUUGAAAUACCUUGCAAAGUGGGAAGGUAGACUUGUUCCCGCUGUCACAGCUGCAACGGUCGUUGAGCUCUGGAAAUUUUACACAUGGAACUGGUUGACGAAUGAAGAUUUCAACAAGCGGUCCGGAGCACGCGAGUUCGUGGAGGAAACUGACAAGAAAGUCAUCAAGAAGUACAAGUGAUCACAUGGCAUUACACACUGGACGCAUACCUUACAUUCUGUUGCCGAGGAAUGUAAGGUACUACAUUCUGUUCUUCUCAAACACUAUGUUCGUGUGCUAUGCUAUGACUGCAACCCCGAGUAGCCUAGUACGCAGUGGUGGUUCGUGAGUGACAUUUGAAUAUUUUCUGUAAUAUUUUGUGUGGAUAUGAACCUAUUUCAGGUGUGAUAGUAGAUACAUUUUAUGUUUAUCAUUAUUAUUGUGGUUUCAUCGUUUACACCACCAGGUUGCUGCUUUGAAUGCGUGCAUUAUGUUCUAAAAUAUGGCAACUGUAGUUCAUCAGACAUGGUUAUUAAAAGUCAUCGUCAUUUUUCA